AACUUUUAAUGUGUAAUAGUUUCAUUGAAGUAUAAUUGAUAUAUAUAACUCAUAUUUAAAAUAAACUUAGCUGUUCUUAGUAUAGCAGGUUGUAAAGCCAGGAGAGCACUCACUUUUAGAAAAGUACCCUUGGACUUACUAGAUUUGUUUUCCUCCUGUUCCUGCCUUCCUGCCUCUAGGCCACCCAAUCUAUUUUCUACCUGUAUAGACUUAACCUGUUCUGCACAUUAUAUAGGAAAGAAAUUUUAGUAUGUGGUAUUGUGUAUUGCCUCAUUGCCUUUGCAUGCUGUGUUUAAGGUUCUCCCAUCUUGCAGCAUUUGUUAAUACUUCAUUCCUUAUAUUGCCAAUCCUGUUGUACGUGUUUACUUUAUUUGUCCAUUUACCAUUAGGUGGAUAUUUGGAGUGUUUCUCCUUUGUGGCUGGUAUGAAUAAUGCUGCCAUAAACAUCUGUACAUGUUUUUUGUCGGGCAUAUGCUUUAGAUCUCUUGGGUUCAUAGCUAGUAGAAAUAUUUUGGGAGAACUACAAAUUUUUUUCCAAAAUGGAGCUGUAGUACUAGAUUUUAAAGUGUUUUUACUUUUCAUGUGCAUGAGUGUUUUGGCUACAUGUAUGUAUGGCUACCACGUUCAUACCUGGUACCCUCAAAGAGCAGAAGAGGGCCCUUUAGAACUAGAGUUACAGCUGGUCAUCAGGGUAUUGUGGGUUAUGGGUAUUAAACCUAAAUCCUCUGCAAGAGUAGCAUGUGGAGCCAUCUUUCCAGCCGUGAGUGCCAGAUUUUAAAGUUCUGUUUUCAUUUCAAAUCCUUUCACAGAGUUUUAAAUUUAGCUAGAAUUUGACUGAUUUAGUAAAACCUGUGUAGUAGUUAUUACAGUGAUUCUUUUUGAGUGGUAUCUAUUUUAUUUUUGUCGUCGGAAGCACAGUAUGCUCUCCACUGAAGUACUACUUAAAACUAAGUAGAAAGAAUCCCAGGAGUAUUUCCUAAUAGGUCUCUGAGGACUAGAAAACCUUAGGAAUAAUUACUAGCAAUGAAAUGCCAGACAAAACUGAAGGGAGAAGGACAGCUGGAAGUGGGCACAUGUUGUAGCACUUUAUUCUCCAGUUGUCAACGUGUGUGUGAGUAUGUAGUGUCUGUUGUUGCUGUUGUUUUGUUUUUAAGAGAACUUUUGUCUUUACAGGGAAAAAUGAAGAACGAAAUUGCUGCUGUUGUCUUCUUUUUCACAAGGCUGGUGCGAAAACAUGAUAAGUUGAAAAAAGAAGCCGUUGAGAGGUUUGCUGAGAAAUUGACUCAAAUACUUCAAGAGAAAUAUAAAAACCACUGGUAUCCAGAAAAACCAUCAAAAGGACAGGCCUACAGAUGCAUUCGUGUUAAUAAGUUUCAGAGAGUUGAUCCUGAUGUCCUGAAAGCCUGUGAGAAUAGCUGCAUCUUGUACAGUGACCUGGGCUUGCCAAAGGAACUUACACUCUGGGUGGACCCAUGUGAGGUGUGCUGCCGGUAUGGAGAGAAAAACAAUGCAUUCAUCGUUGCUAGCUUUGAAAAUGAGGAUGAGAACAAGGAUGAGAUCUCCAAGAAAGUUAGCAGAGCUCUUGAUAAAGUGACCUCUGAUUAUCAUUCAGGAUCCUCUUCUUCAGAUGAAGAAACUGGCAAGGAAGUAGAAGUGAAGCCAAAUUCAGUGACUGCAACACCAAGCCCUGUGUACCAGAUUUCAGAACUGAUAUUCCCACCUCUUCCAGUGUGGCACCCAUUGCCCAGAAAAAAGCCAGGAAUGUAUCGAGGGAAUGGCCACCAGACUCACUACCCUCCCCCUGUUCCAUUUGGUUAUCCAAAUCCAGGAAGGAAGAAUAAACCAUACCGCCCAAUUCCAGUGACAUGGGUACCUUCUCCUGGAAUGCAUUGUGACCGAAACCACUGGAUUAAUCCUCAUAUGUUAGCACCACACUAGCUCAUUUUGAUUUGUGCUGUCAUGUUGAUAGAAAGGAAGACUAUACCUUACUAUAUACUAAAAGUUCAUACUUGUAGUGAAGUUAGAUGGACCAGACCAUCAAACUUAUUUUUAUAGAAAAGCUAUUGAGAAUACUCUUUCUUAAAAAAGUAUAUAUAUAUGCACUUUAGAUAUAUUAAAAUAGUUUGAGAAACUUUAUUAAAGUUAGUCAAGUGCCUGAGUUUUUAAUAUUGGACUUGAGUAUUUAUAUAUUGUGCAUUGACUCUGUUGGAUACAAAAACACUGUAGGAGUGGGCAAUGUGUUCUAGCACCUUUGAGCAUCUACUUUAUGGAGAGUAUAUAAGUUAUUUAUACACAAGGAAAUCUAUUUUAUGUCAUUAUUUAGAAGAAUUGCGUGAAAUCAUGUAGUUGCAAAUAAAAAGUAGUUUGAGGCAUGACAAUGUGUGGUUUUGUUCUGUACAUAGUAAAAGGAGAAGGCAGAAAAGAUUCUUAGGAAAAGAAAUAAUUUAAAACUUUUCUUAAAAAACUUUAUUGAACAUAUGUUCCCCCAAAGCCACAUAUCAAAAUAUACAUGUAAAAAAAUUUUACUGGCAGUAGCUAAUUGAAAAUAUAAAUACAGUAACUUUCAGCUAUCAAAAUCAGUAUGUAAAUGGGACCUUUGUCACCAGGAUUUUGGCCCCUAAUAAUUUUAUAGAACAUCUGAGUUACAUGCCUUUUACCAUUAAAGAAAGCAGAAAUGUUCUUGUAGCCGGUCUUAAUCUACCUUGUAAACUUGGUACAGUGGGAGUGCCUGUAAUUCCAUAACUUCAAAGGUUGAGGCAGAAAUCAAGACAGCAGGGCUCACCUCAGCUACAUGGCAAAUUUGAAGCCAGCCUGGGCAAGAUGAUAUCCUUUCUCAAAAAAAUUAAAAACCAAAAAAAAGAAAAUUGUACUUUUUUUUCAAAAAGCAUUAGUCUUUACAUGAGUUUUAAAGUAAAAAGUACAGUACUUCAGAUUCUUCAGUAGUCCUUCAUGUUUAUACCACUGUAAUCCCAUCGGUCUUAUAAGCAUACGAGAACUAAAAAAAAAAAAGGAAAAUUCAUCUGAGUUUGGGUGUUGUUAAGGUAAACUUAUAAAUUAAGACCAGUAAUACUUUCCCCAUCACUAAUCUUUAUGUUUUUACUCUGAAAUUAUUGAAAUUAACCAAGAGUGAUCACAACCUCCUAGUAACUGAUUAAAAGACUUUGGCUCAUCCAAA